AUGGACGCCCUCGUCGCCCAAUACUCCCGGCCGUCGAGCUUUCAGGACGACUAUGAGACUGAACAGCAGGAUGUUCUAGAGAGAGCCCCUCCGCUGUCCCUCAGAUUCUCUCUCCCACCUAUUGACAGACCCUCCGCCUUCCUACGAGCAGCAACAGACGACCACUCCAACCCCGACUGCCCAAUCAAACUCGCCCACGGCACAACAACGCUCGCUUUCAGAUUCCAGGGAGGCAUAAUCGUAGCUACAGAUUCGAGAGCCACAGCUGGAAACUGGAUAGCCAGUCAGACGGUCAAGAAGGUUAUCGAGAUCAACAGCUGUUUACUGGGGACCAUGGCCGGUGGUGCUGCCGACUGCCAAUACUGGCUCGCAUACCUAGGCAUGCAGUGCCGUCUCCACGAGCUCCGACACAAACGCCGCAUCUCCGUUGCCGCAGCCUCCAAGAUCCUCUCCAACCUAGUCUACAACUACAAGGGAAUGGGUCUCAGCAUGGGAACCAUGUGCGCCGGUGUUACGCCUGAAGAAGGCCCAGCGUUAUACUACAUCGACUCCGACGGUACUCGAUUGGCAGGAAACUUGUUUUGUGUUGGAUCUGGUCAGACCUUCGCAUACGGCGUGCUGGAUGCGGAGUACCGAUAUGACUUGACGGAGGAGGAGGCCCUUGCGCUAGGAUCCAGAAGUAUUCUUGCUGCCACCCACAGGGAUGCGUACUCUGGUGGUUUCAUCAACCUAUACCACGUCAAGGAGGAUGGAUGGGUGAAGCAUGGAUUCAGCGACACGAACCCCAUCUUCUGGAGAACGAAGCUAGAGCAGGGCGAGUUUUCGAAUGUUUCCGAGAGUAUCGUUAACUAG